AUGUUGGCUCGCCAGCCGGCAAAAUUACCGCUGUCUCCUAUGGAGGGACCAAGCUCUCCGCCGAACCUGACUGCAGUUUACGGAUGUGCUGUGAGCCCGGAAGCACGUGACGACAGUGGAGUGUCAACGAUGGAAUCCGUUUGUGGGAAGGAAUUUGACCAGGAUUCUUCUCCAAACACUGUACGAACACUGGCAGAUAUAUUGCUGUCUGAACACAAUAAUAACUAUGCGGGUAGUAUGGACGUGGUAAAGUUGUUACGGCUACGUUCUGUUGACGACGAACAAAAUCAGCAGUCAAAUUCGUCAAGUUUGGAGUCGCUUUCUUCACUUGAAAAUAAUCAGGGCAGUCAGGGGCCUGAUGUUGAUGGCGGCUCUGGCACCACCUCAUGCUCAGAGGACUCUUUUGAGAUGUCAAGUACCUGCAGUGUUCGUGACACGGAUGUCUCACCGGAAGAGUUAUCCCCUCGAAAAGAGAAUAAUAACGCUGUACAAGCAGCGCCACUUCCUCGUGUGGCUGUGGAAAGGUUGAACCGCGAGUCACGAGAAACAACAUGCGAAUCUUUCACCUCAGGAGGUAUGCGAAAUUGACA